AUGGCGCUGGCGGAGACCGCCGCGCGCACCCUGUGGCUCCACGGUAAUCGAAUCGGGCCAGCCGGCGCGCGGGUGCUGGCCGAGGCGCUAGAGGAGGCUGCAGCAGCAGCGCAGCCCGUCCGCAGGCUGACGCUAAGCGGGAACGGAUUCGGGACGGAGGGCGUCGGCGAUCUUCUUUCUGGAUGCCUUGCGGCCUCUGGGCACCUCAUCGCUCUCGGCCUAGGGUUAAAUGGCGCCGGCCAUUUGCUGGCAUAUGCGCUGCUGGCGUCGCACGGCUGGCGGGUGCGGUCAAAGCGGGGACGCUCGCUGGCCUACGCGAGCUCAUGCUCGGUAGCGCACCGCGGCAACCCAAUUGGCACCGAGGGAGCGGUUCGCUUAGCGGAGGUCGUCGGCGAGAGAAGCAGCUUAAGCAAGCUCCAAUUGGGACGGUGCGGCAUCGGCGAUGGCGGAGGGGUGGCGUUGGCGCAUGCGGCGGCGAUCGCCCCCAACCUGUCGCUUCUCCACCUGAACGACAACGAGCUCGGCCAGCCCGCAGCGUUCGCGUUGGCUGAGGCGCUGAGCAGCAGCGGGCUCGCCGAGCUAUGGCUGGGCGGCAACCCCCUUUCUGGGCCUGGCACGGCGGCGGUCCUAGCCGCGGCAGACGCCCACGCCGCGAUGAGGCAAUUGGACAAGGCAAUGAUGUGGUUCCGACCGGGGCGGGUUCACUGA